GCAGCCCCCCACAUUUCCCCAAGGCACCCCCACGCGAAAAGCAUCUGCCAGAGUCCCUUGAAAGAAACAUUUCUUUGAGAAGUUCCAUCGAAACAAGAGAAGAAAUGAAGUGGACUGCUUGCCAUCUGUGCUUUUAAACCAGUGCCCGUGGAGAUGUGGCUCUUGCGACUCCAGGCUCAGUCAUGUGAGAGAUGGUGCCUUCAGUGAAUGACUCGUGACCCAGCUCAGCCAGGAAACGGAAGAAGCUCCAGCAGACCCUGGGCCCUUGGCCUCUUGUGCAGCAGGACACCUUCCAGGAGACAGGAGGCAAGAGGCACCCAGUUCUUCAUGCGUGGAGACUCUUGCUAGCCAUGGCCCACGUGCUCUGCUUCCUGCUGCUGUUGGGGCUGUGCCCGAGUCUGGUUUCCGGAGGGCAGCCUACACCCACACCCCCUCCCGGCGCUUUGAACUAUACCUUGCCUACAGCCAAAUACAGGGUCCAACAAGUCGACAGCCCCGGACCCAUCAGCGCUCUUUUCCGCAUGGUGCACCUCUUCCUGCAUGUGGUCCAGCCGCAUCCCUUCCCUGAAGAGAUUGUAAAAAAAAUCAUACAGAAGAAGUUUGAGCCUUCAGUGGAUUACGAAAAGGUUGUCUACUAUGAGUUGGGCAUCAUCAUCUGCAGUUUCCUGGGACUGCUCUUUCUGCUUCUGAUGCCCGUGGUGGGGUGCUGCUUCUGCCUGUGUCGGUGCUGCAACAAAUGUGGAGGGAAGAUGCACCAGCGACAGAAGGGAAAUGAGCCCUUCCACCGGAAGUGCCUGGGUGCCUCCCUCUUGGUGAUUUGCAUAAUCAUAAGCCUGGGCAUCGUCUGUGGCUUAGUGGCAAACCAGCAGGUGAGGACCCGGGUGAAGAGGACCCAGAGGCUGGCGGACAACACCUUCCAAGAUCUGCGGGCUUUCCUGGAGCUGACCCCAAAGCAAAUCAAGUACAUAGUGGCCCAGUAUAACACCACCAAGGACCGCGUAUUCUCCAAUCUGGACAAUAUUAAUAUGAAACUGGGAGGUGAAAUCAGUGAACGACUGGAGCCGGUGGUGAUUCCCGUCUUUGAUGAGAUCAAAGCCAUGGUCACAGCCAUCAGAGAGACCAAGAAGACCCUGGAAGACAUGAAGGUGAGCUUGAGCAACCUGAAGAACGGAAGCAGUGCACUGAAUCAGAGUCUAAGUGAUGUCAAAGCCAGCAUAGAGCAGUCACUCAACGACCCACAGUGCUUGAUAACGCCAACAGCAGAGAUCUGCAACAGCAUCCGGUUGUCCCUGCGCCAACUGAACAGCAACUCCGACCUGGGCCAGCUCCCACCAGUUGAUCAGGAACUUAACAACAUCAACAAUGUUGUUAGUACUGACCUGAAUGCCCUGAUUGAAGAGGGCAACAAAUCCUUUAAUGACAUACCUGAGAGAGUACAAAGCCAAACCACGAACGUCAUAGCAGAGCUCAAAAAGGUCCUGAAUUCCAUCGGUUCCAGAAUCGACAGUGUCACCCAACAGCUGCCCAUCCAGGAGACGCUGAACAGUUUUACCAAGUACAUGAAUAAGUCCGAGGAUCACCUGCACAAAAUUCUGCCCAAAGUGGAAGAAGUUGAUUCCUAUUGGUGGCUGGCUUGCUUGAUCAUCUGCUGCCUGCUGAUCCUCAUCGUGAUUUUUUUUGUCCUGGGCUUACUGUUCGGCGUGUGCGGCUUUAACCAGCUGGCCACCCCCACCACCCGAGGCUGCGUCUCCAACACUGGAGGCAUCUUCCUCAUGGUCGGAACUGGAUUAAGCUUCCUCUUCUCCUGGAUAGUGAUGCUCCUUGUGGUUGUUGCUUUUGUCGUUGGUGCAAAUAUGGAAAAACUGGUCUGUGAGCCUUAUGCAAACAGGAAGCUAUUUCGGGUUUUGGACACACCCUAUCUCCUGAAUGAGGAGUGGAAGUACUAUCUCUCUGGCUUGAUAUUUAAUAAACCAGACAUUGAGCUCACUUUGGAACAUGUCUACAGUGACUGCCAGAAUGGUAAAGGCACUUACACUGCACUUCAGCUGCACAACCACUUCAACAUCACUGAGCAGCUCAACAUCCAGCAGCAUACUCAAAACAUGGUCAAGGAAUUUGAAAACAUGAACAUCAGUCUUGAUGGUAUCGUUCUGCUGGAUGAAGCCGGGAAAAGAAACCUGCAGGAGUUUUCCAACUGUGGAAUAGACACACUGGAUUAUGCUGCCUACCUGGCCCAGGUUGGUAAAUCCCCCUCAACUGUGGACCUCUUAGCAUUUUCAAAUGACCUAGAAGCAAAAGCCAACCAUAUGCCCCCAGGAAAUUUGAGACAGUCCAUGAAGAAGGCUGCCAGUAAUCUGACAACCAUUCACACUGAACAAGUUAUUCCCAUGGAAAUGACACUGCUUGUGUUACCAAACCACAUCAAGACACUUCAGCACUUGAGCAGCAGCCUGGGGAAGGUGAACACGAUCCUUUACUCUUUGGAUGAAGCUCAGAACUUUGUCACAAGAAAUAUUUCAUCUAUUAUUAUUGAAGAAUCUGAGAAGUUCGGGAGUACCCUAGUAUCACAUUUUCAAUAUUAUCUGCAAUGGGUUGAGUUUACUGUCAUGGAGGAACUGGCAUCCUGCAAACCCGUGGCCACAGCCCUGGACUCCACUGUCUCGGUAGUUUUUUGUAACUACAUUACUGACCCUCUGAAUUUGUUUUGGUUUGGCAUUGGAAAAGCGACUUUGCUUUUACUUCCGGCUCUAAUUCUUAGCGUAAAACUAGCCAAGCAUUAUCGUCGGAUGGAGUCAGAAGAUGUGUACGAAGAUGUUGAAACUAUACCCAUGGCAAAUAUGGAAAAUGGUAAUAGUGGCUAUCAUAAAGACCAUUUAUAUGGUGUCCACAAUCCUGUUAUGAAAAGGCCCAUGUAUCACUGAUGGCUAAUGUUGGAA